CCCUUUCUCUCUUCUGCAGAUAAAGCUACAAAUCCCCUGAACAAGGACCUGGACUGGGAUGGAAUCAAUGCUUUCUGUGAGCAGCUUAAUAAGGAGCUAGAGGGUCCUCCACUUGCUACCCGACUUCUUGCCCACAAGAUCCAGUCUCCGCAGGAAUGGGAAGCUAUCCAGGCCCUCACGGUGCUGGAGUCCUGCAUGAAGAGCUGCGGCAAACGCUUCCACGAUGAGGUGGGCAAGUUCCGCUUUCUCAAUGAGCUCAUCAAAGUGGUGUCACCCAAGUAUCUUGGCAGUCGGACACCAGAAAAAGUGAAGGCAAAGAUCCUGGAGCUGUUGUACAGCUGGACGUUAGGGCUGCCUCAUGAGGUGAAGAUCUCAGAAGCCUACCAGAUGCUGAAGAAACAAGGGAUUGUGAAAUGUGACCCGAAACUGCCUGACAAUGCUCCUUUUCCACCACCUCCCCCUCGGCCCAAGAACAUCAUCUUUGAUGACGAAGAGAAAUCCAAGAUACUGGCUCCCCUCCUGAAAAGCUCCCAUCCUGAGGACCUCCGGGCUGCCAAUAAGCUCAUCAAGGAGAUGGUUCAGGAGGACCAGAAGCGCAUGGAGAAGAUCUCCAAGAGGGUGAAUGCCAUUGAGGAGGUGAACAACAAUGUGAAGCUGCUGACAGAGAUGGUGACCAACUAUAGCAAGGGAGAGACAACAGAGAGCAAUGAGGACCUAAUGAAGGAGCUGUAUCAGCGCUGCGAGCGCAUGAGGCCCAUGCUUUUCCGACUUGCCAGUGACACAGAAGACAAUGAUGAAGCACUAGCGGAGAUCCUGCAAGCCAAUGACAACCUGACGCAGGUGAUCAAUCUCUACAAGCAGCUUGUGCGGGGAGAAGAGAUCAAUGGGGAGACUGUGGCUGGUCCCCUUCGAGGCAGUACCUCAGCGCUUCUGGAUCUGUCAGGUCUGGACCUUCCAGCAACAGGCCCUUCCUACCCAGCCUUGCCCACCCUCUCAGGUGGCUCAGCAGUCCCUGUGCCUGACCAAGCCGGCUCUGUCUCCUUGCUGGAUGAUGAACUCAUGUCUUUAGGCCUGAAUGACCCGGCACCACCUCCUGCCCAGGCUGGUGACAGCAGUGGCUGGAACAGCUUCCAGUCAUCGGACAGCAGCGAGUUUGGCAUCGCCCCUGUCACGGCAACGCCACCAGUCAAAGCAGAUGCCGGUGCAUCCUCCCCGAAACCUUCUUUCACCAGUGGCCUGGAUGACCUAGACCUCCUGGGCAAGACUCUGCUGCAACAGUCUCUGCCUCCAGAGUCACAACAAGUGCGGUGGGAGAAGCAGCAACCACCUCCACGGCUCACCCUGAGGGAUUUGCAGAACAAGAGCAGCUCUGGCACCACAGCCCACGCUCCCAGUGCCCUGCCUGUGCUCCAGAGUGUUUCUCCCAGCCCCCCGCUGCCCCUGGCCUCAGAGCUGCCUGCCCCUGUGACGCUUCCAAAAGCUGCCACCAUGCCAACAGGAAGUACUCUGGUCCCGCCGCGGCCUCCUGCCACUACACUGCCCCAGGAGAUCACGCUGGCCAACAUCACUGUGCCUCUGGAGUCAAUCAAACCCAGCAGCAUCCUCCCUGUGACAGUGUAUGAUCAACAUGGCUUCCGUGUCCUCUUCCACUUCGCUAAAGAUGCCCUGCCCGAGAGGCCUGAUGUGCUUGUGGUGGUGAUUUCUAUGCUUAGCACAGCCCCACAGCCAAUCCGCAACAUUGUCUUUCAAUCUGCUGUCCCUAAGGUGAUGAAAGUGAAGCUGCAGCCUCCCUCGGGCACAGAGCUGCCAGCGUUCAACCCCAUUGUCCAUCCCAGUGCCAUCACACAAGUCCUGCUGCUUGCUAACCCGCAGAAGGAGAAAGUGAGGCUACGAUACAAGCUGACCUUUACCAUGGGAGAGCAAACCUACAAUGAAAUGGGGGAUGUGGACCAGUUCCCCCCACCAGAGUCCUGGGGAAACCUCUAGAGCCACUCCUUUCAGGCACUACUCUGCAGAGUCCUUGGGAAGCCAGCCCUGCAAGGCUGCAGCACCCUGAGGAGAAGGGGAG